UAACUCUCUCUCUCUCUCUCUCUCUCUCUCUCUCUCUCUCUCUCUCUCUCUCUCAAAGAGAUCAAAUCCACAUUGAGUAAGAGGUAUAAGUUCAACCAGUGAAGACCCACAAACAUGAUCGGCGAGCUCAUGAACAUGAAGGAGACCGAGCUCUGCCUCGGCCUUCCCGGCGGCGGCGGAGGAGGAGGAGAGGCGGAGGUGGUGGCGGAGAGCCCUGCGAAGGCGGCGGGGAACAAGAGAGGAUUCUCCGAGACAGUUGACCUGAAACUGAAUCUUCAGACAAACAAGGAAGGCGUUGUGGAUCUCAACAACGUUGCCAAGGACAAGUCUCUCUUGGUCUCCAAAGACCAUGCUAAGCCUCCUGCUAAGGCACAAGUGGUGGGUUGGCCUCCGGUGAGGAACUACCGGAAGAACAUGAUGGCUCACCAGAAGAGCAGCGCCGUGGAGGAGGAGAAGGCGGCGGCGGCCUUUGUGAAGGUCUCCAUGGACGGAGCUCCUUAUCUCAGGAAGGUCGACCUCAAGAUGUACAAAAGCUACCAAGAACUCUCUGAUGCUUUGGCCAAAAUGUUCAGCUCCUUCACCAUGGGGAACUAUGGGGCACAAGGGAUGAUAGAUUUCAUGAACGAGAGCAAAUUGAUGGAUCUAUUGAACAGUUCCGAGUAUGUGCCAACCUACGAGGACAAGGAUGGUGACUGGAUGCUCGUGGGCGAUGUUCCGUGGCAAAUGUUUGUCGAUUCGUGCAAACGCUUGCGCAUUAUGAAAGGAUCCGAAGCCAUCGGACUUGCGCCAAGAGCUGUGGAGAAGUGCAAGAACAGAUCUUGAAUCAUCAAGAAAUAUCCAUGAAGAAUAUAUAAUAAUGGUUUUUAUAAGUUUAUUUUGUAUUUUUUCUUAUGUGGUUCUAAUUUCAAGAUCUGAUGGGUAUAUAUAGUUAUAGUAUUACCAGAAAGAUGUGGACAAUUUGUAAUGUGACCAUAAGAGAGAAACUUACAAUCUCUGUGUUUGUGUCAUAUUUAUUGCCGAACAUGUGUUUGUCUGGUUGAUUGAUA